CCGUUUCAGAAAUAGGGUUAAAAUGGCCGAGUUCAACCACAAUGCCAUUUACACGAUCUCAUUCACGGAGAACCCUCAAGGUUUUUGAGUCAGUUCAUUGAAGUGCAGAGGGAAAGAUGGAAGUUGUUCCAAGAGAGAAUGAAAAUGCUUUGUCUACUGUUGGUCCGAGGCCAAUGGAGUGGUCUACUGUUCCUUAUAAUCCUUCCCAAGCACCAGGGCCAAAUGGGAAACAACGAACUUCAAGUUUGGAAUCGCCAAUUAUGUUGUUGACAGGUCACCAGAGUGCUGUAUAUACUAUGAAGUUCAAUCCAGCUGGAACAGUAAUUGCUUCAGGUUCCCAUGACAGAGACAUCUUUCUUUGGCAUGUGCGUGGAGAUUGCAAAAACUUCAUGGUUCUUAAAGGGCACAAGAAUGCAAUUCUGGAUCUUCAUUGGACAACUGAUGGGUCCCAGAUAAUAUCAGCCAGCCCCGACAAAACUCUAAGGGCAUGGGAUGUUGAAACAGGGAAACAAAUUAAAAAGAUGGCUGAACACAACUCUUUCGUGAAUUCUUGUUGCCUUUCUCGGAGGGGACCACCUCUUGUUGUUAGUGGAUCUGAUGAUGGAACUGCUAAAUUGUGGGAUAUGCGUCAGAGGGGUGCUAUCCAAACAUUUCCAGAUAAAUACCAAAUCACAGCAGUCAGUUUCUCUGAUGCCUCCGAUAAGAUCUUCACUGGUGGCAUUGACAACGAUGUCAAGGUUUGGGACUUGCGGAAAGGUGAAGUAACCAUGACGCUUCAAGGCCAUCAAGAUAUGAUAACAGGCAUGAGUUUGAGUCCUGAUGGUUCUUAUCUCCUGACAAACGGCAUGGACUGCAAGCUCUGCAUAUGGGAUAUGCGCCCAUACGCACCCCAAAACCGCUGUGUGAAGAUCUUGGAAGGGCACCAGCACAACUUCGAAAAGAAUUUGCUGAAAUGUAGUUGGUCACCUGAUGGAAGCAAGGUCACAGCUGGUAGUUCAGAUCGUAUGGUUUACAUAUGGGAUACGACUUCACGGCGCAUCUUGUAUAAGCUCCCUGGCCAUACUGGAUCUGUCAAUGAGUGCGUCUUCCAUCCAACUGAACCCAUUAUUGGAUCUUGCAGUAGUGAUAAACAGAUUUAUCUUGGAGAAAUCUGAAGUAGUAUUUAUCAACAUCCCUCUAAAUCAGUUUAUAAAGACUCUAAUUACUUCAUGGUUCUGGUCUUUCCUUGCCUACUACAUGGUGGGCAUUUUUCAAGGGGUUGUAUUUUUCAUGUAGUUUCUCAGCUGAAUUCAGAAUCUCUAGGGACUGUGUAACACAAUUUGCUGAAAUGCAUUCCAUAUUUGAAUUUUGGUUGCA